AUGUGUGAGCAGAUACGUACAGUUGUAUCACUAAAAGGGAUACAGGGAGUUUCUCAAGUGGUCAUCCGUGAUCUUUGCCCAUAUCCCGUGAUUCUUGAACCGCAAAUGUAUACCCUGAACCUCAAAUAUCCAAAAGGUCUUCAUCCUCAUGACCUACCACCUGAAUUCUUAAAUCGGCCUGCGGCUUAUUUGACCCAACUGUUCGAAGAAGGGGGUCCCGGAACCAUCAUUCAAUUGGCACAAUCAAGUAUUUGGGAACUAGAAACAUUAAUCAAAAUUAGUACAAAUCGAUCAGAACUCAGUACUUUUGGCUACCCGAUCGAUCCAUCACUUCAAGCCCAACUUCACACAAUCCAAGAUCCAACAGCUAUCUCGUUCUAUGAGACCCAUUACGUGAAGAUCUCUCAUCUCACAGUCGAUGGCAGAAGACCCGAUAAGGGUUGGGUCGAAAAUGGCACUGCUCUGAUCGUGUGUGGUGGUCGGCAAGCAAAGGAUCCAGUGAUACAAUACUGCACUCUUAAACAUCCUCGUGGCUGGUCAUGUUUACAUCUCUUCAAUAUGUGUUCAGGUGGACGUGUCAUUGGUAAUAAAAUUGGCCCUGCAGGCUCACCGGCCCCAAACGGUCCAUGGGCCGAUGGGCUGAGUAUAGCAUGUCGCAACGGGCUAAUAGCCAAUAACGAAAUCGUGGAUGCCACGGACGGCGCGAUCGUUCUCUUUUGCGCCCCCGGCACUAUCUGUACUGGAAACACUAUAAUUGCUCGUACUCAAAACCUUUUGGGCGCAAUCAACAUGGUUGAUGCGGGUCCAUACGAGAUGGAUUAUACUGAUACAAGAGUCUUUGGUAAUAUUAUCAAAUCUGAAGGCGCUCAUAUCAAACUUGGAAUUGGGAUUGGUCCUUUGGCUUGGGCUCCUGGUCCAGAACAACAUAACUUCGGGGGGCAAGUGCAUGAUAACAUCUUUGGGCCUGGUCGUUUCGGUUAUGCGAUCGGUAUUGCAGGCGCCAAACACUUUAGUGUCCAAGGUAACAGCAUUGCAGCAGGAACGGAAUUCACUGGAGAUAUGACAUGCAUGCCUGAGCCUUUGAAUGCGCCGCCGAUGGCGUUUCUAGCUAAUUCAAACCCAGAUCUAGUGGUCGAUUGUGACUUGCAGUCUAAUUUCAAAAGAGGAAGAGCAUGCUGGUUGAUCGGAAUUGAGGAUGGACCACUCCGCAAACUACGUUAUGAUUCUGACCAACUUCAUCUUCAAUCAAAUUCAAUCGACCAAUCUCAAAUAGUUCUCGAUAAGAUCACCUUGAAGCUCCAAGAUGAUGGACUUUUGGUCGCCGUAUGUAACACCACACAGUCUAUCCUCUGGAAUUCUGGAAGUAGUGGUGCAUCCGGCGGUGCAAGUCUCACACUGAGCAGCGAUGGAAGAUUAACGAUAAGAGAGAAUGUAUCGGGUCGUUUGAUCUGGAAUCCUACGGAUUAUCUGGACGUCAAAGUGGAAAUGGGAAGAGCUAGUUUAACUCUUGCUGAUCAGUCUCCAUAUUUAGUCUUAUGGACUGAAGAUAAUUGUGUAGCUUGGGCUUCCGAAUACGUUUUUCAAAAAGGUAGUUUUGAAUUGGUAGCCGGUCAAUAUAUCUGUAUACCACCUCAUCAACCCAGAAGAGUUGGACCUGUUACCGGCCCACCACCAAUUCCUCCAAGACCGCAAUACGGAGAUUCACAACCUCCGAUCAUCCCACCAAGGCCAUCACAGCCUACUUACCUUUACUUGGAUCCUGAUACUUCCAAUCUAGUGCUUCACCAAGGCAGGCUUCCUGAUCAACCACAUGGCUCAGUAAUCUGGGCAUCAGAGUUUUUCUCUAAGUUCAAUCGUCAAGUGAAAAGUAUGGAUCGAGCAAACUGUCAGACACGCUGUUGUUUUCAAGGAGGCGAUGGGAACUUAGUCAUCUAUGGAAAUCCAGAUGAUUCAAAACCGGAAGAGAGAACAGCUUUAUGGGCUUCUGGGACUGAAUCUCUUUGGAUUAGACUUGAUCAACAUUUGCUUCAACAGCAACAUCCGCCCAGUCUUUCUUUCCAUGAUCACACGAUGGAACUUGUCAGGAAGAUCCCUUGA